CCUCCAGCUGGCUUUCUGGGGGGGCCUCUCAACGCUGCAGAUCGGAGCCAGGUCCCGGCCAGCCUCACAUGCCCUGCCAAAGAUGGGUUGGGGCUGGGCCCCCAGGCAGCCUCUGCCAUGCCCUGCCCUUGCCUGGUGCUGCUGCUGCUGCUGAACAUUGGAGUGCCCGGGGCUGUGCGGAGUCAGUGCCACAAUGUUCCCACCCUGGCAGGGCAAAGGGGGGUGGCACGCAGAUGGGCGCUUGGUGCACAGGAAGAGGAGACCUCGGUGUAUCUGGAAGGGAGUCGGUGGGAGGGUGGAUGGGUGUAUUUCCUCCUGAAGGUCUUAGGGGAACGGGUCAGGAUGUCUGCCCAGGCUCCACAAGGGUCUGCUCCUCACCUUGCCUGGUGCGUGUCUGGAAUUCUGCUCUGGAUUCCAGAGGAAGGAGAGGUUUGGGCCUUGUGGAGGGGGCAGGGUGCGUCCGGACUGUGGGGCUUGCUCUGCCCUUCCACCCGUGGCGUCAUUGGUGCGCGUGGGGCUGGCUCGUUGGCUUGAUUGUUCCCCUCUUAAGCGCGCAUGGCUGGCAUGUGCUCUGCCCUUCGCCCCGGCCAGGCACGUGUCCUGCCCCCCCCGUCCCCCCGCCCGCACCGCAGGGGCAGAGAGCGCGAUUGGCUCCCCCAAGCCCGGUUGCUUUGCCUGCUGUGAUCAUGUCACGUCGGGCUCUGUCGAUGUUAACAUCUCAUUAUCUUUGUUACUGUAAUUACAUUAUCCGCUGCUUUAUGCAGAAUUAUUCUCCAAGGACUAAUUGAUGGAUCCAUGUUUAAUUCAUUAAUCAUUAGCAUCAAAUUCGACAAUUACAGUGCACACUGAUUGUGGAAUUUCAAAUGUAAUGAGGGAAGAAUUAACAAAGAAAAGGGAAACCUGUUUGGCUGCUGCUCUGCUGCUCACUACGGGGGUGAUGACAUUGAGGCAGGGGGAGAGGUGGAGGGCAGGCAGGCAGAGCGAAGACCCCUCCCUCGCCUCUGGAAGCAGGGGUCUCUGGACUCCCCUGCCCUGGGAAUGGGGGCAGCCUUCUUCAAGGGGUCUCUUCCCUGCCAAGGCUGAGCGGCCUCAGGUGUGAGGCAUGACUGCAAAACAGUUCCUCUCCUGGCAGAAAUGUCUAUGUGGCUCCCCACUGGAUCUUGGCCGGCCCCUGUUCUCUGUCCAGGCAGCCCUGGUCUUCCCUGCACAUCCCCUUCGCUGCCUCCUUAAAUGCCCCAUUAGCUGUGCCCUUCCUACCCGCCCCUCCGUAAAGUAUUUUUUUUCUUGUGUUGAAAUCUAUCAGAAAUGCAAAUAAAUAAUAAUAACAGCAACAGUAAUGAAAUUUUAGUCUAAAAGGCCAUAGAUGGUUUAAUUAGCCAAAGGCCUUUACUGUUUUAAAAGCAUGCAAUGAUAUAGUGCAUGACUCCUUAGCAAACCCAGCUGUGCAUCAUACAUAAAUGGAAGGUGUUAUUUGGGGGCGGGGGGGUUAGAAGCAGCCUGCAGACCUUAUAAUCUUGUAGAAAGUUGCAUUUUAAGUUUGAAGGCUCGGAGAAUGAAACCGCUCCGUCAUGUAAUCGGUGAUGAGCAGCAGUGCCUUCAGCUCUUCCGCUGAACUGCAUGCCAUCUUCCCCAUCCUGGCGCCUUCCAGACUACAACUCCCAUCAGCCCAAGGGCUACAUGACACUGAGACUGAUGGGAGUUCCCCUUAACUCAGGUGUGUCUCUUUUACAAGCAAGAGGCACACCUUUGGCAUGGACUCAUUUCUCUUCGCUGAAUCCAUGCCUGGAAGAUCCAUGGAUCUCUUGAUGUUUUGUAAAAUUGAUUGAUCAUUUUUAUUUGAUUUUGCAAAUAUAAUUUUAUAACAGUCCAAAUACAGUGGUACCUCUGGAUGCGAACGGGAUCCGUUCCGGAGCCCCGUUUGCAUCCAGAAGCGAACGCAUCCGUGCAUCCGCACAUGCGCGGGUCGCAAUUCGCCGCUUCCGUGCAUGCGCGUGAUGGCAUUUUGAGCAUCUGUGCAUGCGCAAGCGGCGAAACCCGGAAGUAACAUGCUCUGUUACUUCCGGGUUGCUGCGGAGUGCAACCCGAAAAUAUUCAUCCCGAAGCUACUUCAACCCGAGGUAUGACUGUACACAUCCAUAUAUAGAGAUUACUCUGAAUCUCCAGACCUCCCCAUCCCCUUCAUGGGUCCUAUUAUUUACAUUUAAAACUGCAUAUUAUUCUGUAAUCAAUCCAUCCAUAUUAUAGUGUUUGUUAUGUUACAAGUGAGAUUAAAAUCCUGCUGAUGUUUUCAUCCGCCUGCAGUGGUCUCCUAAAUAGAUUAUAAUUUCCCCCCAUUCUUUUUAAAAGUUGUUGUCCUCUAGGGUUCCUGAGCUUCCCAGUCAACUUUGCCAUUUCGGCAUAGUCCAUCUGCUUGUUUUUCCAUUCCUCUCUGGUCGGGACUCGUUCUUCUGUCCGCCUCUGCGUGUGUUUUGUAAAAUUGAAAAACAGCCCAUAGAGGUGGGCUAGCAAAGGCCAUGAGGCAGCAGUUCUGACUUGGAAGGUUGCAGCUGCGGCUGGGAGGGGGGGCUGCUCAUCCUUUCCCCCUUGCCAUUCCCCUUCCCUUGUCUAAAUUCCCUUGCGCCCGGCGCUGGGAACAGGCACCUGUUUUCUGCCUGGGCCCUGAUUGCCAUGGUGGGGGGGGGGGGGGCGGGUUCGGUCACGAAAAGAAGCUUAGGAGAGAAAAGGUGUCUCUUCCCUCAGCCCCCCCCCCCACUUUUUAAAGUUUUAUUUUUGCUUUAAGAAUUCAGGUGGUGAUCUGAGCGUGGAGCUGGCACACCUUGGCUGGGCCCUUGGCUUUGUUCCCAGGGGUCCUGCCAAGCUUCCCCCAUCCUCCGGUGGGUGGAGGGGGCCUGAGUUUGGGAGGCGCCAGCAGCGGCCUCACCACUGUGUAGCGGGGGGUCUGCUUGGCAGAUCUGCCUGGCUCGCACCAGCCGCUCAUUCUUGGGGGGCCUGCACCUUUAUAUAUAUAUAUAUAUAUAUAUAUAUAUAUAUAUAUAUAUAUAUGCAAUAAUAUUUAUUACUUUUCCAACAAUUUAAACACUACAAAAAAAAACCAAUACAAUACAAUACAAUACAAAAACAAUACAUAACACUAACACAUUAAACUAACAAAACAAAACAAAAACAGUUUAAAACACAUCAAACAGUUUCAAUAUCUUACCUUUCAUUCACUUAUUUCAAUGACCUCCUCACACCUCCCUUUUUGUUUUCCACUUCUGUUAAUUGUUUCAGCAGUUCCUUUCCAUCUUCCUCUGCUUUCUAUCCUUUAAUUAUCUUAACACAUUCUAACCUUAUUUUUCCCUUUAAUACUCUAUUAAUCUAUUUAUACUUAAUUCCUUAUAACAUUUCUACUAAAGCCAUAUAACUUCAUUCCAACAUUUUCCUAACAUUCAUUGAUUUUACAGUAUUUCUGUAAAUAGUCUUUAAACUUUUCCAGUCUUCUUCUACCGACUCUUCUCCCUGGUCUCGGAUUCUGCCAGUCAUUUCCGCCAAUUCCAUAUAGUCCAUCAACUUCAUCUGCCAUUCUUCCCGAGUGGGUAAAUCUUGUGUCUUCCAAUACUUCGCGAUGAGUAUUCUUGCUGCUGUUGUUGCAUACAUAAAGAAUAUUCUAUCCUUCUUUGACACCAAUUGGCCAACCAUGCCCAGGAGAAAGGCCUCUGGUUUCUUCAGAAAGGUAUAUUUAAAUACCUUUUUCAUUUCGUUAUAGAUCAUCUCCCAGAAUGUCUUAAUCUUUGGGCACGUCCACCAAAGGUGAAAGAAUGUACCUUCAGUCUCAUUACAUUUCCAACAUUUAUUGUUGGGCAAAUGAUAAAUUUUUGCAAGCUUGACUGGUGUCAUGUACCACCUAUAAAUCAUUUUCAUUAAAUUUUCUCUUAGGACAUUACAUGCCAUAAAUUUCAUACCUGUGGUCCAUAACUGUUCCCAGUCAGCCAUCAUUAUGUUAUGUCCAACAUCUUGUGCCCAUUUAAUCAUAGCAGAUUUCACCAUUUCAUCUUGAGUAUUCCAUUUCAACAGCAAGUUAUACAUUCUUGACAAAUUCUUGAUUUUUGGAUCUAACAAUUCUGUUUCCAAUUUUGAUUUUUCCACCUGGAAACCCAACUUUUUUGUCCAGAUUGUAUGCCUCCAUUAUUUGAUAAUAAUGGAGCCAAUCUCGCACUCUGUUUUUCAAUUUUUCAAAGCUCUGCAAUUUUAAUCUGUCUCCAUCUUGUUCCAGAAUUUCCCAAUAUUUCGGCCAUUUGGCCUCCAUAUUGAGUUGCACCUUUAUAUUUUGAUUUGUGUCAUAAAAAUUUGUACACUGCUUGAUUAUUAAAAACCAAAACCUCAAAGCGGUUUACAAAGGAUAAAGGAAGGAAUUCAAGAUGAAAAUACAGCUGUACUUUAAAGCAUGCAAAAGUUAAAAUACUAAAACAGAUUAAAACCCUUGGCAUGUGUUCCUUCCAGCGCCUGCUUCUUCGGUCAUCCAGAGCAAUCUGGCGGCGGCGGAGCUCUCCUCACAAAACGCCACUCCCUGGCAGGAUUACUGUUCCGCUCUUUAUUCUGAAAGGGUCUCCAUUUUUAUUUGUUCCAUUUUUUUUAUUUCGUAAAAUGGCACACCGCCUGGUUGUGGUUUGCAAAAGCAUAAAAUGAGAAUGCCAGGAUAACAUUUCAAUAGUUUUAAGACACACACAAAAUUAAAAUACUAAAACCAGUUAAGAUUCACAGCAACUUUCUAAGAGUCUGGGGAGGCUGGUUUAAGCAAGAAUAUUUUUAGCAGGCCCUUUGAAAGGUCCAGUGAAGGUGCCUGCUGGAUGUCAAGAGGCAGGGAGUUCCACAGGGUAGCUCUGGAAUCGUUGAGUUCUUGCCAAUGUGGAAAGGGUAUUAUGGGGUGCCUGGGAUAGUGCCAGUUCCACUGAUGGAGGGGGCACAGGUCAAGUAAAUAAAGAGAGGGUGGGGGAGGGGUCCAGGUUCCCCCCUCCUGCCCCCAGGGGCCUUUUCCUCUCGACUCUCAGCAGGCUUUGCCAGCUGCAGAAAUGGGUCUUUGCCACCACUGUUCACCUGUUAGGGCUUUAGACAAGUGCGCUUGAGGCUUUUUGUGUUUUGUUUUUUUUUUAAAUAAUUUUUAUUAAAGUUUUGAACAACAAAGGAAGAAAAGAAAAACAUACACAAUACACAUCUCAAAAUAAGAAAAUAACAAAAACACAAAAAAAAACAAGAUUCAACAAUAAAAGAACAAAAAACAUAACAAUUAAAAACCAUAUCUCUUUUCCAUUUCCGUUUUUUAAUUACUUAUUUUCUGGACUUCCUCAUACCUCCCUCUUUUGUAUUCCAAUUCAAAUUGUUUGUCCAGCAAUUUCUUCUCCACUUUUUUAAUCCCAAUCUUUAGCUUUAAUAAAAUAUUGAAAUAUAUAUAUAUAUUGAAAUAUAUAACUUCAACUUCUUUAAACCUGAUCUUUAGUCUUAGUAUCAUAUAACGUUGAGAUUUUUCCUCUUAAUGAGGCUUUUUGUGUUUUUAACUGUUUAUUUUAUAUGUGAAUCAACUUGGACUGUGGUUUAGGAGGCAAUGAAUGAAUCGCCGUCAAUGCUAACGCUGCUCCUGCCUUCGGAGGGAGGAGUCUGGUCAGUGGCGGAGGCCAGGGGGUUCAGGCUUUGCCAUGCUCCGUUCUCAGAGCACUUCCUGCUUAAAAGGUCUCUGGCAGCAACGCCAGGGGAAUUUCAGGGGGUGUUGGCCGGACUGGGAUCGGUGGCCCCUCGGAGGGGGGGUGGCAGUAGAAGGCAGCUCCCUGCGCUGUUGUGCAUCAUGUUUUAGUUGAGGAGCAACUUGCACAUUUGAUGCAAAAUGAGCAUCAUAGGAUAAGAAAGAGCACAAUGUCCUGUUAAGGAUCUCCUGUCCCUCCCGAUCAGACACAGCUUGGAAACCCGGAAAUGAUCUCUUUCAGCUUCUGCCUUCUGGAAGAAGGUCCAGGGUUAUAAAGACCAGGACUAGCUGCCUGAGAAACAGCUUCUACCCAAAUGCAAUUCUGGUUUUAAAUGCAGUAUAAGGAGUAUAUUGUAUUGUAGUAUAUUGUAUUUUAAAAUGGGGUUUCAGAGUUUUUAGGGGUUUUCAAAUGUCUUAUGUAGAUUUUUCAAUUUCAUUGUUCCGUAUGGGGCAGUGACAAUAAAGAUAUCGUAUCGAAAGCUAAGCCCCUGAGCCCCACAAGGCUGGCUUUUUUGGAGGAGGGGUUUCGUAGGUGUUUGCUUCCUUUACUGCAUUUGCCCCUCACCUUUCACCAAGGAGCUCAAGGUGAGCUGGUCCCCCCAGGUGUGCCCGUUUCUGCCAGAGAGAGCCCGUCUAAGGGGAGCAAGAGCCAUCAGCUGCCUUGGUGUGUUUCAGCAGUUAUCGGGCUCUGCCCUUGUGAGCAAUCCUAGAAUCAAGAUUGUAGAGUUGGAAGGGACUGCCAAGGGUCAUUGAGUCUGACCCCCUGCGAUGCAGCAAUCCUAGCCGAAGCAUCCCUGACAGGUGGCCAACCAACUUCCGAAACCACCAAGCAAAGAGAGCCCACCGCCUUCCAAGGUUGUCCAUCCCACCAGCAAACAGCUCUCACCCUCAGAAAGUUUUCUCUGCGGUUUAGUCAGAAUCUCUUCUCCUUUGAAUCCGCUAGUUCGGGUCCUCCCCUCUGAAGCAGCAGAAGACAAUUGGCACAGCCUCUUCCUGCCUUCAGGGACGCGGGUGGCGCUGUGGUCUAAACCACAGAGCCUAGGACUUGCCGAUCAGAAGGUCGGCGGUUCGAAUCCCCGCAACGGGGUGAGCUCCCGUUGCUCUGUCCCUGCUCCUGCCAACCUAGCAGUUCAAAAGCACGCCAGUGCAAGUAGAUAAAUAGGUACUCCUCCGGUGGGAAGGUAAACGGCGUUUCUGUGCGCUGCUCUGGUUCGCCAGAGUCAUGCUGGCCACAUGACCCGGAAGCUGUACGCUGGCUCCCUCGGCCAGUAAAGCGAGAUGAGCGCCCCAACCCCAGAGUCGGUCACGACUGGACCUAAUGGUCAGGGGUCCCUUUACCUUUACCUUCCUGCCUUCACCUGGAGGAUAAAGAGGAGGGUGGGGGUCAUUUGUCCCAGGGCCUCUCCCUCAGCAAGGCCCUCCCUGUCUCUGCCAGCUGAGUCUGGCUUCUAGCUGCUCCCUUCCCAGCGCCCAGAUCUGUGCUGAUGGGCCUGACACUCAGGGGCUGCUCCAGUGACUCCUCGCCUGCCUGCCAUGCCAUUUCCAGCUGCGCAGCUCUGUGAAAUAGCUUUCCAAGGUGUCUUUCUGCUCAAACUCCCUCCCUCUCUCCCUCCUGACUCCCCAGAGCCUUGCAAGAGAAGGCCUCCCCUCCGCUCUUGGCCCUCAGCUGCCUCCCGGGAGACCUGCAGAGAACGAUGGCAAAGGACCCUCUGGUGCCUUGGGCAGUGGCUGGAGCCUUCCAGUUUCCUAGCGGGCAAACUGGGUGGCUCCAAGUUUCCAGAGGCCGCUGUGGGGCCUUUUCUGUCUGUCAACCGUCGGGCCUCCUGGCGUGACAGGCAGGGAGGGAGGGAGCCUGGCAGGGGUUCCACGUAAUGCUUUGCUGUUGGCCCCUGUUUUGCCACGGGCACAUGGGGCUGGCCGUUCCUGCCCUUGUUGGCGGCUGCUCCCAAACGCGCUGUCGGCAAAGCCCAGCCCAGAGGGGGUGCAGUGAGUGAGCUGUCCUUCCAGGGGUGUCCCCGCCCAACACACACUCCAGGCCCACUCUUGGAGGGGAAGGCAGAGACUGAUUCCCCAUCAAUGGAAAUGGACUUGAACUGGCACAGCGAGUGGCUGGAUGGAUGAAGGACGACAGCAAACUAAUGUGGGGGGGGGGUUGUGUGACCCAUUGUGCACGUUCUUCAGAAUUCCUCAUUUGGAACUCGAACAGGGGACUCAAGGGGAGGCUCUGCCCCUGCGAGUCCUCUGAGCACUCCGCCCCCUUGGACCUCCACCUGAGGACUGUGCUGGGCCCAUUUUCUGCAGCACUGCAGAAUGAGCUUGUGGCUGUGUGGGCACCUGUGCCCCCUUCCCUUUCCCCCUGCUGCCGCCGAUGGGCAAUGUCAGCCUCCAGCUUCCUUCUGCCCAAGCCCCCCUGCUCCACCUGCCUUGCCUGGCACAUGCCAGCUCCCAAGGACCGGGAUCCUUCAGAGGGAGAGCUGCCGCCAUGACAGUGACCUCGCCUGGCUGAUGAGCUGCUGGCAGCUUGGCUCCUGCCUCCCCACCACGAGCCCCUACUGAACCUGAAUGUCUGUUAACAAUGGCUUGUUGGGGGGGCAUCCUUGCCUGCAGGGCAUUGGCCCUCCUUUUCUGUGCCCAGCACAGAACUUCAGCUAACCUAACUGAUGUUCUGAGCCCCCCAGCCAGGUGUGUCGCAGGUAUUGGCUGUCUGGCAUCUCAGGCGAGUGACAAAUUUGAGUCAUUCUAGUCCAGAGCAGUUUGGGAGCUCUUCUUCUCAGCAGGUGUAGUUCACCUGAGUUCUUCACAAAUCCCACACCAGGGUCCUUUCUAAAAAAAUAAAGGAGAGACAGGAACGACGCUUAUCUCAGGUGGACUUCCAAAUUAGGAAGCUGAAUGUGGGAAGAUUCAGGGCAGAAAAAAGAAAGUUAAACGAUGGAAUUUGCUCCCCCAGAAAGCUGUGGUGGGCUCCCGCUUGGGUGGCUGGAAAAGAGGGUUGGACAGGAGGGCUCUCGGUGGCUCAUGGGCACAAUGGCCGGACUCUGACAUCCCCAGCUGGAGGUAGCAAGGCUUCUGCUUCUGGCGGGGUAUAAUAUAUUAUUAUUAUUAUUAUUACUAUUAUUAUUAUUAUUAUUAUUAUUACUAUUAUAAUUAUCCAUUUCUUUUGUGAAAACCCAGCCUGGCUAGUCUCCCUGGCAGCUCCCUCUCCCUGCAUAAAACUCAUGCGCCUGUUGAGCCAGUGAAAUAAGACCUGAUUUGCACCUUGCGCUAGGAUGGAAGUCAGGAGUGGGAGGCCAGGGGACGCCGGGUGGGCAUUCCAGAGGGCCUGUGCCCACGAUGCCAUUGCUCUGCCCAGAGGCGGGAGGGUGGCUGGUGGGGGGAGUCAAGGUCUUGAGAAGGCUGCCCUCCUCCUCUUGCUCCUCCUGCUGCUAGAGGCAGGUCCAAGACAUUUUGCCCCCUGAGAUGGACCCCAGAAUGCUGUCCUUCUCCCCACCAGGGCAGAAGGGGCGAGAGAAGUUCUGCCUUAGGAACAAGGAGGGAAGGAAGAUUAACGUUGGGAUCUGCUGCCCCAGUGAAUCUCCUUCCCUGGCAGCCCUGGCUGGGACCUUGUGGCUCCCCGUCGUCUCCAGCUUCUGGCUGGGGGGGUCUUGACCAUGGCUGCUCCUGCCUGCCGCUGCUGCGGCCCCUCCCCUCCUGCCAGGCAAGGCAGCAAGAGAGAUGGAUGUGGCAGCCGGGAGCCGAGCACCAGCUAAUUACCCUUCCGAGUAUGUCUUGUAAAUUAAGGGCUAAUUAGAGGCAAAGUCAGUGUCAUGGUUUUACACGUGUUUUUCAGGCGCUGAACCGCCAGAGGGAGGGGGAGCUCAGCGGAGCAGAGAGCGGGCGGCCCUGUCACUCAUCCCAGGGUGGGGCAGGGGAUGGGGCCAGCAGAGCAGCAAGGCUCCCCUCGGACCCCAGACCCCUUUACACCUGUCCUGGCAAUGGUCAGGUUCGGGGCUUGCUCUCUAUAGGACCACAAGGCUCUGGCCGGGUUUGGCUUGAGAGCAGCUGCGGUUGCUUGGAGCCCCAGCUGUGUGGGGUGGGCAGCAGGGACUCGGGGGCUGCCUUGGCACAGCCUCUCUCCUCCCCCCAGCUCCGAGAUCCUAGAGGUUGGAAAGGGACCCCCAAAGGGCAUCUAGUCCAACCUCCUGCAAUGCAGCAAUCACAGCCAACACAUCCCUGACAGCCAGCCAUCCAGCCUCUCUUUAAAAACCUUCAGGGAAGGAGAGUCCGCCCCCUUCCAAGGAGGGAGUCUAGCCAGGAUGGUGCCCCCUUGUCUCCCCAUCAGCCUCUCCCUCCCACUUGCCCCAUCCAACUGGGGGGCUGCAAGGCAGCUUCAGCCCCAGCCUGUGGCUCCCUGCCGCCCUUGCCGUGGUCCUCUGUCUCCCAGGCCUUGCCUUCCGGGAUCAGUCUUGGGCCAAGAAGAAGUGGCUGUCCUCUCCCACUUUCUCUCUGGAAGUGCCCAGGGCUGUGAAGAUGGGGGGGGGGGGCCUUCCUUGAAAUGGGGCAGGCGAUGGGCUGGCCAGCUGGGGCUGCUUGGCCCCCUUGCGCAGUGCAAUGGGAGGGGAGCAGCGUCCGCGCUGACGGCUUUUGCUUGGUUCUUCCCAAAAGUUUCGUUCCCGUAAUGUAAGAAGAUAUAAAUGCCGGGACACCCCGGCAGAGUGAGAGUUCCUGUGUGCCAAGGGGUUGGCAGUGCCAAAGAGGGAAUCCUGAAGGGCUCUGCAAUAUCCCCUCCGUGGUUCUCUGGCCAGAGGUUCAGGCUGAUCCCUCACAGGACCCCACUGUCUGUCUGUCUGUCUGUCUCCCACUGAUGCCCCUCCUGCUGUCCUUUCCAUCAGAUGAGUCAGGAGGUGCCAGGCCAGAGGUGGGUGGGCUUGGCCACUACAGGCACAGGCAGACAGGCAGGUCAGAACUUGUGGGCAGCAGGAACGUAGCCCCCUUCUCAGCCUGGCCCUUGCCUCUCUCUGUCCCCCCCAGCCCCAGCUCCCUGCUGGCUCCCUUGUGAAUUCCCCCACCACAGGAAGCUGCGAUUGGCCUCUCGGGCAAGUGGCCCCAAGGACCGCAUACUGGGGGCAGAGGGAGGGGGGCACAGCUUGUUGCUGCCCCGCUUUGGUGGUGGCUGGGGUGGGAAGCUGGCGAGACUCAACAAAGCUGUUUCCCCAAGCUGCCCUCGACAGGUGUUUUUCAGGCAUCGUAAAACAGCGCCAUUUAGCAGCUUACCUGUAGCCUUUAGGAACAAAGGUGCCUUUUUGCGUGCAGAGGGACUGGAGCUCCAAGCAAUGGGGGGGGCAUCAGGGCAGUCAGCCCCCCAUGCCCAAAUAUAGUGGCUCCGCCUGCCCUCCUCUUGUUCUCAGAGGCCCCAGUGGCCUCCCAGAUCCUUGGGUCUGGCUCCAUCCCUCCGCUGCAGAUCCCACACGCCCAGAUGGGUCUCCCCCUCACCCGGGGCUGUCUCUCUCCUGCAGGCGCCCCCCACUCGGCCAGCAGCACCUCCCUGCACUCAGAGCGCUCGGGCAGCGGCACCAACCUGGUGGGCUUCAGCCUGAAGCCGGAUGGCGGCGGGGGAGGGGGCUUGCACCAGCGCUCCUACUCUGUCUCCAGCGCAGACCAGUGGAACGAGGCCGUCGUCUUGCCUAGCAACGUCCCGAACCCAGGUGAGUGGCAGCAGCCGUGUGUGUGUGUGUGUGUGUGUGUGUGCGUGGAGGGGGGUGAAGGGAAGGGGUUUGUGAGUUUUGUGCUGUGGGAGGUGGGCAGACCUGCUGCGGUUUGCCCCUGCAGCUGCCCCUCCGUCUCUCAGCCCCUGUCUUCAGAGCUCAGCCCACGGAGUGGGGCCGCUGCCAUGAUGCAGGCCAGAAAUUGCCCCCCCCCCCAGGAAGGUGGGGGUCCCCUCCGCCUCACUCCUCUUUGCCCUCCCCAUGUCCUGCUCUUUAUUCCAAGCCUGGGGCCCCGAAGGGGAGAAGGCAGGGGGAAAGGGGCCACCCCAGGCAAGGCCCCACUUUGCCCAGGGCCAGGGGAGGUCGGAGGUCAGGCCUGGAGGGGCAGAGAGGCAGCAAGGGUCUUCUGCCUCCCAGGGGAAGAAGGCUCUGGCCACCCUCUCACGCCUGCCUGCCUGCCUGCCUGCGGAUGUGCUGGACCCGUUGGCUGGCUGCAAUGAGCAGGAGCCCCAGCAAAAAAUCUCUCCUGCCUCCCCCCUCCCUCCCUCCUGCACGGGUGUUUCAGGACAGUUGAGUGAAUUAAAAUAAUUCAUACAUUUCCCAACGUAGCCACUUUGCCGAAUUGGAAAAUAAAUGCUUCUGUGCGGCAUCCAUCACUCGGUGCUUCCUGGCUCUGCCGCCGCACUAAAAAAGCAGUUAAAUGCACAUCAAGAGUGGAGGAGCCAUUUCCAUGCCUGCUCGCCCCCUUGUCGUUCUCAUUAGCGCGGCAGCCGCCCCCCCCUCCCUCCCAGGGGCUUUCGCAGUUUAAAGAGAGCCUCUUUAUGAUCAUUACCGGAGUCCGACUGCGCCGCCGCCAUUUGGAGCUGGGGAGGCUCCUCAUUUGUAACUGUGAAAAACUAUCAAUUUCGGCGCGCCUGAUGCAGCGCCUCCAUCAUUGGCCCCAUCAGCUCCCUGCUGGAAGCGAAUUAAUCAGACUGUUACUGCUGAUGGGGCAGAGCGAGAGAGAGAGAGGGAGAGGGAGAGAAGGAGGGAGCGGGCAGGAGCCAGCCAGCCAGCGGAUGUGGGGCAUGGCAGAGGGCUCCUCGCCCAUCGCCCAGGUGGGGAGGACCCUGCCUGCGCCACCAGGACCUGCCCUGGCCGGACAGCAGAGGAAGUGGGGCUCUGGCCCCUGGCGGUGAGGGGAGGGUGUCCUUAGAGCAGGCCAGGGGCAAACAGUGGCCGGAGACCCCCUGCGGCUCUGGGAGCCCUUGGCAGAUGGGGAGGUUCACCGCUCUGCCUGCGUGAGCGUCGCUUGGGGUGAGGAGUCUCUUCCCGUAUAGGCGGGUUGGUCUGGAUGACCUUGGAGGUGCCCUCCGCUACCACAUGGCCCUGUUCCCAGGGCUUUUCCUGCAGCCCUGGCAGGGGCUGCAUCCGUGUCGAAUUCCACCCUGGUCCCCCUGGGUGUAGGAGAGUUUCCAAAACACCCCCCUCCUGAAGAACAGCCGGAACAGUGGAACGGGGAAACGCGAGGGCCAAAUGUGGCCCUCCCAUUCUCUCCGCCUGGCCCCUGGGCCUCUCCCCAGCCCUGCCUUGCACUCUCCUAGGGAGCUUUUGCCCGGCCGCAAGGCGUCCUUGAGCUCUGCUUAACAGGUGGGCAUGAGCGGAGUCUUGCCCAGCUGAUGAAGCCCACUUUGGUUGCCCAUUCUUGCCCCACACAUGCCCCCAGAAGAGAAAGUGGCCCUCUGGCUGGGAAAGGCCUCCCCCCCCCCAAUCUGGCAAUAAGAAGAGCCUCCUGCCACAUUUGCCCCAACCUCCUGCUUCCCCCAGUGCCCAACCAGAUGCCUCUGGGAGGCUGGCAAACAGGGCAGGAACUCUCUGCCACCUGGGAUGCCCAAUGCCUGCUCCCCUGGUCCCAGAGGUGGCGUGUGGCCCCCGGUACUGGCAGGAGUAAGGGCCCCGGCAGAGGAGAGAGGUGGGGAAGAGGCCGUGAGUCAGGCGCCUGUCCUGGGUGGGGGCUGAGGGGUCAGGAGCCCUUCUGAGGUUGGCACUGCACGACUCGCCGUGGCUGUGGAUCCUCCAGGGCCAGCAUGGGAAGGGCAGGGCUUGUCCUCUACUCGGACGCCAGCCCAGAAGCCAUUGACUUGGUGAGGUCCCCGUGGCUGGGCCCCAUCCAGGCCCCCUGGCAAGGGGGCCAGUUCAUGCAGCCAUGCUGGGAAGAGAGGCAGUCUCCUCAUACCGAGACGGAGCGUUUGGUCCGUCUGGCCUAGUGGUGUCUGCACGGACAGGCAGCAGCCUUUUCCAGCACCACACGGUGAUGCCUAGGGUAUGUGUGUCUGAGACCUGCUUGCAGGGCAGCCCCUCUGCUGCCAAGCUCUGCCCCUUCCCCACAUUGGCCCUGGCUGGGUUUGCAACACAUGGGGCUGCCCCAUGGCCAGAGCCCCACAGCUGAGCACGGAUGAGUCUGUAGCCCAAGGACAGGAUCCCCCAGGGUGAUUGGGCCCCUGCUUCCCCCGGGGCCUGGCUGGGGGGUGGGCAGGCCCCUUUCCCUUUGCAGAGGAGGCUGAGAGAGACCCCUUUUCCCUGCUCUGUGUGGGGUUCUGUCCCACUGCCCCUUCCACUGCCCCUCUCCACCUGUGGCUGAGGCCCUGCUGGCUUGUCUCUGCGGGGCCCUGAAUCCCUCACUAACUUCUGCAGCCGGGGGGCGGGUAAGGGGGCAUCCUGAGCAGGGCAGGAUCCAAAGGAAGUUCAGCCCAUCACCUGCCUGUCUCCCCUGCCCCCUGGCAUGGCAGGGGUUCCAAAGCAAGAGGGGCUUCCCCCAAACUCUUGGGGGGGGGGGCAAAGUCCUCCUCACAAACAGUUGGCAUUAAGGACAUCGGCUCCUACCCUGCGCAUUUAAUCCAGUGCAACUUGAUGUGGCUUCAUUCAUUUUAUUUCGUAAAAUUUGCACGCCCCUUGAUUGUAGGAAACCUCAAAGCGGUUUACAAAAUGAGCGUUGGGUGGUGGGACGUUGGGGGCUUUUUAGUAACGCAGGUGAGCCUGCUGUUUGUGCCGGGGGUCUGUUUGCAGAAGGGCGGGGGCAGCCCACUCCCCCCACUCCCAGUGAAGGGAGCCCAAUGUCUCUCUGGAGUUGGAGGAGCCCCCCCCAAAAAGCCCCUGCCCUUGGGGGGUGCAGGGGCAGCACUGCCCGGGUUCCCUAGCCGAGGAGGGUGGGGUUGGGCCGGGGGGGUCUGGAGCGCCUGGCGGGGGGGCUUCCGCAUUUACGCUGAUUGGGAGCCGGCGCUCUCUGCUCCGCGGCUGGAAUUGAAUGUCAGGCUUCUGAUUUUGUUGCUGGUCUCUAAUGAAAUUUGACAUUUAAUGGUGAGAGCUGCGGCGGCGUGUGUGCGUGUGUGUGUGAUCGGAGCUUGAUUAGCGCACUCUAAUUGACAGUAAUUAGCCAGCUCCCUGAUUGUUUCUAAUUCUGCUAUUAAUUGUAAGGAACAGUAUGAUUGAGGAUAAAUUUGGCGCGUGGCAGGCAGGGAUAUGGAAGGCGCUCGCGGGGACCCUCCCAUUCCUGCCCCAUUGGUGGGGGGGGAUCUGCUCUGCCCUUGGGGGGGUGGCCUGGCCCUUUCGGUGAGGGGCAGGGGAGGCAUUGAUAUCCCCCAAUGGGGGGAUGCCUUCCUAGGGGCAGAAAGGUAGUGGAGGGGUAGGUUGCCUGCUUUUAUUGUAGAGUUGGGGGGUUCCCAGGGGUCAUCCAGACCAACCCCGCCUGCGUGGGGCCUGGGGGUUGGCAGGGUGGGUGUGCCGCGGACGGCGCGUCUGACGCUCUCCUCUUUCCGCCCCCAGCCAACGGCACCGCCGACUCCCUCAGCUCCAGCCCCAAUGUGUCCAGCACCGCCAGCCCCAAGCUGGAGCCCCCACCGUCCCCCCACGCCAACAGGAAGAAGCAUCGCCGGAAAAAGAGCACGGGCACCAGCCGGCCGGAUGGGGCUGGGACGGUGGCCGAAGGUACCUUGGGGAACUUGCCUGGAGAGGGCGAGGGUGGGCCUGAUUCCCCCUUCAAGGCGCAGGCGCCCCCAGGAGAGGGCAACAGAGUGGGGGCUUCCGUCCCAGGCAAGCAGCUGCUGCUUCCUCGGAGGCUGCGUGAAAUCACAGAACUGUAGAUUUGGGAGGCAGCCCAAGAGGCACCUAGUCCAGCCCCCUUGUUCAGCCUCCAGAGCAUGUGCAGAGUCCUUUCUGUUGCCGCCUAGCUGGGAGGGCCGUGGGUGGGGAGAAGGGCUGGGAGGGCCUUGAGAGCGGUCAGGGGCCUGUCCUGAGCCUCGAGGCCUGGCCCUCCUUCCUGCCUCUUUCUGGGGCCUGCCUGCAGGGGCGUUGUGCUUCCCAGGAAAGCCCGGCACGAUUCCCAGCCUUCCCUCCGGGGUCUGUGGGGAAGGGGCUUCUCGCCUGAGCGGGGCAGCUUGGGUUGUGCAGGAGGGAAGAAAUAAAUAUCCAUUAGAAGUGGUGUUCAGGGUGGAAGAAAUAAAUAUCUGCUGCCUUGACAGUGAGGCCGCUAGUCCUCAAGGAGGGAGCGGGAGACCUCAGCUGAGUCUGUCUCCUCCUGGUCUGUGCCAUGCCUGGCCUGGGGGGGGGGGUGUUUGUUCCCCUCGCCUAGGCUUGUGAGCUGUGUGUCCCGGGGGAGCUGAGUUAAACCGUAGCAAUAUCCCAGGGGUAUAGCACAUCCUUAGAGGCUUUCAGGGGUGCAGGUCACUGAGCCCCUUCUCUGCGCAGACGAAGCAAGAAGGCUGAGGCCUUCUCCUCCCCCCUUGAUCUGCUGGCAAUGCAGAGGUAAGGCAUUUGCACUGGUUAGUGGAUAUCUUCACAUGCUCAGGAACCCCCGUGGCUCCUUCUGGCAACAUCCCAGGGCCUCUCGGGUGAAGGGGGGCUUUGCAUUCUCAACUCCAGCACCCAUUUAUCCCUUGCUGCACCUGCUGUGCAGAAUGACGAUUUGGGGCAGACUUGGGGGGAGGGCAGACCCGACCUUCUUUUCCUGCAGCUUGAUGUGGCCCCCAAACCCCCUUGGCAUUCUGCUUGCUCCUCAUUUUGCAGCGCCCAGGAAUCUGCUGGCUCGCUGCAUCCCCCUCCCCCUAUCCCACGCCAGGGCCCCCUUUCCCCCCAGCGGAAGAGGCAUUUGGGGCUGGGGAGGGGGGCUCCCCGCAGGCAGGCAGGCCCCAGUGCCUCAGGUUGGCACCCUGGGAGAGUGGGUGAGGUCUCGGGAUGAAUUGCCAUCAGUUUAUCUCAUUUAGGAGGUAAUCAGAGGCGAGGACGUGCGGCGCAAUUGAAUCUUCGUUGUUCUGAAGUAUCAUAAAUCACGCACGGAGCUGUUGCUUUUUUACAUGGCCGCAUGUUAAAGAGCGAGGCGCCGCCGCCACUGUGUCAAACUGCUCAGGGAGCGUCUGCAAAGUGCACCGGGGCGCGUCAGGCAGCCGUGGCAGAGGGCGGUGGAGCAGGCCCCCCCCGCCCAACUUUUGCAAACUCCCCGACCAGCUGGGUGCGUGGCAGCUGAACUCCUGGGAGCAAAACGUGGCCGGUGGGGCUGGGGUGCGAGGGAUCGGGGCAGGGUUCCUCCUCAGCUACUUCCUCCCGGCCAGGGUCCCUUGGCUGUCUGUCUGUCCCUGGCCGAUGAAGAAGUCCUCCUGGGCUUAAGGAGGGAGGCAAGGGGCUCAGCACCAGCCUGGCAGCCCCUCAGCACCUUCCUGAGCAGCAGCCCAGUGAUGUGCUUUUGUCGCGAAGCCCACGCAGGGAAACCGGCGGGCUGGCGAAGAGUUUCUUUGGGGCGGUGGCUGUGAUUAAUGCUGCCUGUCAGGGCCUGUCGUAGAACCCUUGCCCCCACCAGACUGCCAGGGAUUACGCCUGGUCUCCAUGUUCCUCCUGCUCCUUGACAGCCCUGCUGGAUCCUUGCCCCCCACCCUGCCCCAUGUCCCUUUGGGAACCUUGCCUCCCCACUUCCUGCAAUGGAGAGGCAAGCUAGGAAGCUGCCAUGCCCCCUCCCUCUCUCCCCUCUCCAGCCCCCCAACCCCCUGCUUCUGGCUGCCCCUUCCUGGCCUGUCCGCCAACCACGGGGGCUGUGCCAGGGGGAGGCCCCACUCCUCACUUGUGAGGGCCCCCCCGCUCCGUUUCCAUGGGGCGGCCUUCAGCCGUGUGCUUGUGGGCUCCCUCCGUCUGCCUGGCAGUGUGGGGUGGAGGGGGGAGGAGGGGGGCUGUCCCUGAUGCACUAAUACAGGUUAGGAAUAUUGGGUUUAAUGAGCUGCAAAAUGAGGCGGUAGCGCGAUGACAUUUACGAAUGGCGCCCGCCUCGUGCAUCCCCCCCACAACGCCUGCUCGAUUGCGGAGGUGCCAAGUCCCUCUCCGAGCCAUGAGGGGCUGCCAUGAUGCCAGGGGGCAGCCUUGCUCGUGGGGCUCCCUGGGCAUGGGGGCCAGUGAGGGGCCCGGCUGCAGAUCCCGCUCGCACCAGCAGCUCUGGUGUGAAGAAGGCAAGAGGGCAGGUGCUUUGCCAAGGAGCAGCGGAGGGUGGCAUGGGGCCAGCCCCAUAGAGAGUGGGGUGGCGGAUCUCUCCCUCCUCCCACGGCACCUGCUGAGGGACAUCCCCCUGGGACUCCUCCUGCACGUGCUCCCUCCUCGGAAGAUGCCCUGGGGAGCAGGUGCAGGCGAGGGGGGUCUGGCUUGGCAGGGGGGCGCCUGGCCUCGCUCCCCUGCUCCCCUCGUGGCCUUGCUAAUUUCCCUCUCAUUUGGAGGGCUUGUUGCCCAGGCAGCGUUGGAGACGAGGUCGCGGGGUUAACACCCAUUAGCAGCCGCUGCCGCGGCAAGGAGGCUGCCUGGCUUGCUCGGGAGUACUUCAGAGCGUUCAGCCUGCGAAACAUCAUCAAAAAAUAAUCAAGAGACGCACUCGCUCAUUCCACUGCCCACUAAUUCCUGGGGAGCCACACGCGGACGUGGCUUAGCCCUCCCCCCUUCUCACACCCUUCCUGGCCAGCCCCACGGCAAGCGAGAGAUCCGGAGCAGGAGACUCUCCGUGCCAGGCCCCCCACGGCCCCCUCGCCAGCCUUUCCGCAGAAGCCCAUCCCAGUCUCUCGUCAAAUUACCCAAAUGCUCCUCUAAUUUCUCAGUUGGUCAGUCACUGAGCUAAUGAGUUUGGGGAGGGGGGAGCGAGCUGCUGGGCCCAGAGGAAUGCACUGAAAUGGGGGGGGGGCUGCAUGGCGAGGGGCUGAGCUCUCUUCCCCCUCCCCGUUGUUUCUCCGCAUUGGAGUCCCGCAGGAAUGGAGAGGACCCCGGGGGGGGGGCGGGAGGGUGCCCAGGCAGCCUCCUCCUCCCCUCAUGGCACAGAAACCUCCCCUGUUCCAGACACAGGCUGCGGGGGCGAGAUGGGCAAGGGACUGGCAUGCCUAAGGCCACAUGUCCUCCGGGGGUCUCCUCCGAGGGCCCCCCCAAGCCCUGCUGCAGCUCUCAAGGUCCCACCUGCCAGGGCAGAGAUGGCCAGAGAUGGACGACGGGCUGGCAAGGAAAUGUGGGCAGAGCGCCAUGGCUUUGUUGCCCCAAGCAGUGCCUCCUGAUGCUGCACCUGUGACUGGCACCAAGGAGCCUGCAGCGAUGCCCGCUCUCCUGUCUAGGAAGGGGCAGAGGACAGUCACAAGGGAUCACAGAAGCCUGGAGCCACAGAGCUGGAAGGGUCAUCCAGCCCAACCCCCUGCACUGACCCCAAGGACAGGCGGCUGGACAGGGGGACAGUCACAAGGAAGGGUUUGGCAGUCCUUGGGGUCCGAAAGGUUCACGAGGAGAUGCUCAGGGCAGAGACUGAGGUGUGGGAAGCCAAGAGAAGGCCUGGCCAGGGCUUUCUUCCCUUGACCCCACCUGUCUCUCUGUGCUCCUCAAGAGGUGGGUGGGCAACAGGUUUAAAGCCUUGGCAGCUUUCCCAUGAUGCACUGGGGGAGGGAGUGGCGCUGGAAGGAGGGAGCUGUGAGCCCCGACCCCUGGCUGAGCGGGCGCCAUCUGGAGAGGGAGGCCGGGCUCUGGGCUCCCACCCCCCUGGGGGAGAGGACUCUGGGGCGCCUGUUCUGCUCGCUGGUUCCCCUCCGCUUGACUGUGAGAAGAGGAGGCUGGACUAGGUGGGCCAUGGGCCUGAUCCAGCAGCCUGUCCUUGGGCUCAUUGCAGGGGGUUGGGCUGGAUGACCCUUCCAGCUCGCUUCCGUGAUCCAGCCACCACCAGGCAAAUGGUCCAUUGAUCUGCCGGCUUCUGCAGGGAGGACGCCUUGGGCAGCUGCAGGAACAAAGGUGCUUGUGCCAGGCCUGGGGCUUGGCAGGCGCAGAGGCGCUCCCUGGAGCUGGGGGGGGGCUCCCAAGGGCCCUCCCUGGAGGCCCCUGCCUGACCUGACUGGGUGUGGGGGGAGCAAGCCAGGUGCCCCUGGGGGCGAGGGAGCGUGGGGUCUGGGGAAGGGGCCUGGCUGCCAAGGCAGGACUCCUUUUCCUCUGCGCUGCCUGUCUGUCUCUCACAGAGAGUGAGGAAGCCACAUUAUGGAGCUGAGGAUGUUAUUUGCAUAACACUAAUUAGGGAAUUACACAUCAUUUUGCUACGAGCUGGCGCCUGGGCUGUGGCAUCGCAUGGGAUGAUUACUCCUGGCCCCCGGCAACUCCCCUCCAGGGCGGGAGCAGCAGCAGCAGCUGGGCAGGCAUCUGCCCUGGGGGGGAACCCCCUCGACAGCCCCUGCAAGCUGCCCAUCUUCUGGCCACCUUUCUCUGUCCGUCUUUCUCCUUGCCUCUCCCCAAGAUGCCUAGGCUGGUGGUGAUGGUACAGUCCAGCCUGGAUCCGGCCACCAGGCACUUCUGGGUUGUGACCCGUUGGCUGGAUGCUGCUGCUGCCCAUGCAUGAUGCUUGUCUAGGCCGGCUGUGCUGAGCCUGGUCGGUGGAAGCCGUGGGGAGAGACCCUUCUGCCCAGAGAGGGCUGGAUCUGUGCUCCCCCAGCGUCACUCGGACUGUAUAGACCACCCUUCAUAAGGGGCAGCUUGCAACAUUGCAUACAGAGCACGGCAUGUUGAGUAGUUGUGUUGCAUUUGAUGGGACUUUAUUGCUGCCCAUCUGAAGAUUAGGCUGGGGUAGAAAUGGGUUAAGUUCUUCCCUAAAGGAGGGGAGUAACAGAGGGACAAAGGUUGCCUGGGAGUCAGUGCCAGGGGCUGCACGUCAAGGUUUGGAGCCUGAAUAGUGUGGGGGCUUUGCCAUCCCUCGCACCACCCGACUCUCCUCCAGGAAACGAGGUUUGUGGCGUGUCUUCCCUUUGCUGGAGACAAGGGACUGGGUUGGAGAAAGAGCUUGCCUGCUUUGGCCAUCUGGCAGCUGCCAUCCGCCCAGCCCUCUUCAAAUAAUAAUAAUAAUAAUAAUAAUAAUUUAUUAUAUAUACCCGGCCCAUCUGGCUGGGUUUCCCCAGCCACUCUUUGCGGCUUCCAACGAAAUAUUAAAAAUGCAAUAAAACAUCAAACAUUAAAAAUUUCCCUGAGCAGGGCUGCCUUCAGGUGUCUUCUAAGAGUCAGGUGGUUAUUCAUUUCAAGCGAGCCUCUCCGCUCUUUCUCCUCCAGAGCAAGGCGAGUCCUUUGAGUUUGUCAUUGUCUCUCUGACGGGCCAGUCGUGGCUCUUUGAGGCCUCCACGGCAGAGGAGAGGGAGCUCUGGGUGCAAGCCAUUGAGAGCCAGAUCCUGGCAAGUCUCCAGGGCUGUGAGAGCAGCAAGAACAAGGUAGGUCUGUCGGGGGGGGGCAAAGCGGCUGUGAUCCGCGGCCGGCCGGGAGGGGAUCAUAGGCCAGGGUGCUAUCCCCUUUCGCCAGCAGGGGUGUGGGGUUGCCCUGCUCCUAGGGGGACAGGAGAGGCGGAGCAAUGGGGUGAGGGCAGGGCAGGGGCAGCAGAAGAGCCCUGGGUUGGAGCAGAACCUCUGUCUGGGUUGAGGAGGGUCUCUCUGGCUUGGCACCUGCAAGACGCCCACAGCACACCUGGCCAUCGAGGCAGGACCCAGCUGCUGGAGUGCCCUUGCACAUGGGCAAACUCACUUUCUCUCACUGCUGGGGGUCCACGUGCAGAUCUGAAAGCGGGGGGCGGGGGGGCUGGAAGCAUCCAGGUCCAAAGAUCCUGGCAGUUCUGAUUCAUGGUGCCUGAGGAAAUUGGGCAAGGCUGGUCACAGUGAUGGCGCUUCAGCCCCCGCAGCCUGUGUAUUGGCUUUCUCCUGUUUCUUCCCCCUCCUUUCCCAGUGGCCCUGAGCAGGAAGGAGGCAGAUGGGGGGAGACAGGAACCCCUCACAAGACGCAAUGUCUGCCUUUCUUUCAGGCUCGCCUGGGCAGCCACAGCGAUGCGCUCGCUCUGCAGUCCAUCCGCACCGUGCGCGGAAACAGCUUCUGUGUGGAUUGCGAUGCGCCCAGUGAGUGAUGGCCUGGCGGUGGCGGGGGGGCGAGGAGCAGGGGUGUCUUUUCCUGCUGGCAGAAGCUCCUCCACAGAUCUGGACAGAGCAAUCGGAGGUGGCAAACUGUUGCCUUGGGGGGUGAGGGAAAGCUCUCUGCCAGUGUGUGCCCAGGGCACUCUGGGGAUUUUGUAUCCCACAGAAGAGAGCGGCUCCUGAAAGCACUGCGCCAAAAGAGCUUCUUGGGUUUUGGCAGCUGCCUGCUGCAGCCAGGAUGCCCCCGCCCACCCAGACCCUUUUCUCCCCCACCUGCCCAGCCUGGGAGGGGCGCUUUUGCCCUGCGAUGAUUCCUCGCUGCCAACGGUCAGCCCUCACCAAACGCAUCUCUGUCUAAAGCCAAACAUGGGCAGGGGGAGUCUGGUGCCCUGCAAAAAAAAAAAAAAAACCAAGGCAGGGAGGGGGCAGUUGUCCUGGCUGCUGGCUCUGGAGCCCACUCCCCAAAGGUAUUGGGUCGGAGGGAGGGACACGGUGGGAAAGUCAGCUUCAGGUGCAGAUGACUCUUGGGGUGCUCUGCAGAAACUCCUGGGGUGCUGAGUGGGUCCUUUGGGGGGGUCUCUAGGCAUUCCAUAACACCCUGCCCUCGUCUGGACCCUUAAAUCUCACCUGAACUUGGUUUCUAUGGGGAGAGAGGGAGGGGGAGCCAGCAGAAGCCACUCUCUGGCAGGCAGGCAGGCUCCUGAGGGCGGGGGUCCCUUUCAGGUGUUAAUUUGCCUGCCCCUCCGCAGACCCGGACUGGGCCAGCCUCAACCUGGGCGCCCUCAUUUGCAUCGAGUGCUCCGGCAUCCACCGCAACCUGGGCACGCACCUCUCUCGUGUGCGCUCCCUCGACCUGGACGACUGGCCUCUGGAGCUGGUGAUGGUGAUGACGGCCAUUGGCAACACGCUGGCCAACUCCGUGUGGGAAGGCGCCAUCGAGAACUACCCCAAGCCGCCCCCGGAGAGCUGCAGGUAGGCUGCGCCUGACGGAGGCCGCUGUGCCCCCUACGGCCAGGGCUCCCGGACUCGCCACUCAGGCGGCUGCCCCGUGGGGGCCUCCAUGUGCUUGGUGGGGGGAAGGUGCUCUUGUGCCUGGUUCUAGAAAGGGGGCCAGAGGUGCCCCCCCCGUCCUCUCACUUCCCUAGGGCUUGUGUUGGAUUGGGGCAACAGCCUCAGGCUGGGAGAAGAAUCCCUUCCCGGGGCGGGGCAGGACCAAGCUCAGAAAAAGGGGUGAAACCUGAAGGAAUUCCAGUCAAGUGGGAGUUGCUUUUUGUUUGAGAUGGCAAACAAAAAAGUGGUGUGUGCAUUUUUCAAUAAAUAAGAGGAGAGGCUCAAAACAUCUGGCUGCCCGAGGCCAAGGGCAAGCUGCCAACUAGCCUGGCCACUGACUCUUACUCCUGCGCUGGUGAGGGGGGAGCUGCCCUCUGACAAAACGGAGGAAGCAGCAGGCUAGCAAACUGAAGGGACUGGCGGGGGGCCCCCUCCCCCAGGACCUGCUGCUGGGACAAACAUCUAGCCAGUUUGCGAUAACCAGAAGGCUGUAAAUUUAGGGUGGAGGUUACAGGAGGAAGAGUUGACCGUUUGAAGGCGUGGAUUUGCAUCUCGGACCUGCCAGAUUGAAAGGCCCCAAAAGGCACACACUCACAAAGGGGCGUCAGAAUUGCGAGAGUACGUCUCUGUGACCUCAAACACAUGUAGUCUGAGAACUGGACGUUCAUAGACUUAGUGUUGUUGUUGUUUAGUCGCGUCCGCCUCUUCGUGACCCCCUGGACCAGAGCACGCCAGGCCCUCCUGUCUUCCACUGCCUCACACAGUUUGGUCAAACUCAUGCUGGUAGCUUCGAGAACACUGUCCCACCAUCUCGUCCUCUGCCGUCCCCUUCUCCUUGUGCCCUCCAUCUUUCCCAACAUCAGGGUCUUUUCCAGGGAGUCUUCUCUUCUCAUGAGGUGGCCAAAGUCUUGGAGCCUCAGCUUCACGAUCUGUCCUUCCAGUGAGCACUCAGGGCUGAUUUCCUUCAGAAUGGAGAGGUUUGAUCUUCUUGCAGUCCACAUUCUAAGCUAGGAAUCUGAAAUUUGGUUCAUGGGCGUCUCUGGUUUUUAGGAACUUCUGAAAACUGAACAUUUAAAGUCUCAUCCAGGGAGCAGUAGCCCAAACCCAUGCAUGGACUCGGGGGGGGGGGGUCAGUCAAUAUCUCUUUGUUGCACAGCGAGAAAUUGCCUUGCAAAAUGCCCGGUUCUGCAGUGCAGUCACACCAAACAUAAUAAAACGGUCACUAAUAAUAAUCUCUACAAUCUAUAAUAGGUUGCUGCUUACAAUUUUGUGACUGAGAGCAAGAGUGUCUGGAUGGUUCCAGGUACACCCAUUCUCCACUCAGAUUAAUAGAGGAACUAGAAAACAGGCUGUUUGUAUAUGGCUGCCUCAAAAUGGGUAUCUGAAGAAGUGUGCAUGCACACGAAAGCUGAUACCAAUAACAAACUUAAUGGGUCCCUAAGGUGCUACUGGAAGGAAUUUUUUUAUUUUGUUCCAGAAUGGGGAGUCCCUGUGCACCUCAAAAUGACUGAGGUCCUUCCUCCCCAUUCAGCUGGGAGGGACCAGCUGUCCCCCUCGUCCUCUGACAGACGUUGCAGGGCCCCCAUCGGCUGUGGCUCUUCCGCAUUAACUAGCAAGGUGGCAUUUGGGAUGUGAGGCCCAGGAUGCCCUGACCCCCAGGAGACUCUGAAAGGGGAGUUUCCUCAACAUUCAAGAGUCAAAGCUGUUUUCCGCAUGAUGGGAGCCAGCAAGAGAGCAGGCAGGUUCGAGCCUGGGGUGGCAAUGCUUCUUCACUGACUGGCACGAGGUGCAGGAUGAGGCUCAAGCUGCAGCCUCAGCCCCUAAGGGGGCAGCAGCAAAGGGGGAAACCCACCCCCAGGGAGAGGGAGAUCUCUGCAUUCAUUAGAGCCCAGUGUGCCUCCACCGCGGCAGGGCCAGCUCUCCAGCUGACCUGGGAAGGCAGCGCUGCUCUUUCCCGCUCCAAGCAGACAGGUAAAGCCUUAAUUUCCGCAAUUAGCACAGCCGGGCAGGAAGAGGAAAUGCAAAUGCUGGAGAUUGCUUAACGCUCUGGAAUCAUCCCGUCCCCUGGUCUCUGAAGUUCUGAUGCGCUUCCUCUGAGGCAUCGUAAGGCCAGACCUGGAGGUGGUGACGUGGGUGGAAGGUGGUUUCAUUAUUAUUAUAAUUAUUAUUGGUUUGUUUCUAUUUCUGUCAGGAACUGCAAGCAUCAUUCUCGCAGGCUCUUCUCUGCCAGGGCUUGGGGGUGGGGGUGCCUGAGGCCCUCCAUGUGUUGCUAGAGUGCAGCCCCCCUUAGCCCUAACCAUUGGCCAUGCUGGCUGCAGGGGGCAGAUGGCAGCUGGAGCCUCACAGCGUCUGGAAAAGGCCACAGGCCCCCCAUCUCUGAGCAAGCCCUUGGAGGAGGAAGACGCUUGGUUCUUCUGUCAGAGGAGGGCUUGGCUGCCCCACGAGUCGGGUGGCUUUUCUUGGCCAGAGCUCCCAAUGAUUCAGAGAGGGGCUGGUGCCGCCUGGGUGGGGGGUGGCAGUCAGGACCCACUUUUGCAUGGCAAAUGCCUCUGCUGCUUCCCACAGAUGCCUGAACUAGGAGAUACCACAGCACCCCCUUCGCUCCUGGGCCAGCCCCACCUCUGAGCCACAGCGGAGAGCAAAAUCAGAUGCCAGCCAGCUCCCCUUGGGGGCAGAGUGGGUGCCAAACUGGCUGGGACACUGUGUGUGUGUGUUACGGAUCUGAAGCGCUCACUGGGGCAGAGCUGGUCCCCUGCCUUUGCCAUGGCCACGGGGGGCAAGAGAGCAGGUCCCCUCUCAGCAGCCUCUCUGGUUGCCGGAGAGUCAAGAGGAGCAGCGUGUGUAGGAGGGCUGAUUCUGCGCCUGGAGAAGAAGGGGUUACAGGCGGUUGCAUGGCUGCCCCGGCCCCUGGGGAGGCUGCCUUGUGUGUCCCUAUCGGAGCCCCUGCGCUGUCACUCACUCAUCCCGACACCCAGACAAGAGCCCUUUCUGCUGCCUUAUCAGCGGAUAAGAGCAGGUCAGGGGGCACGAGGCACUGAGCAUGCUCUGCCGCCAGUAUUGAUCGCGCCGGGCAAGAUGCAGAUGGAUAGAAUGGCCAGCAGAUAGCAAUGGGGUGCCGGCAGCAUCGAUCGGGGGCCCCUCGGCACCAGUGCCUUUGUGCGGGCGGCAAGACGCCGCUGGCGAUAAUGCCGCAGCCGCGACUCUGUCGGCGUCUAGCCCGUUCCUCCUGCCCUCCAGUGCGGGGGCUGGCCUUUCCGCUGGGGCUGUGUGAUAGAUGGCGAUCCCGGGGGGCAGGCCGCCUUUAUGGGGGGCGUGCAGGACGGAGACGUCUCUGUGCAGUGCCCCCUUCCCUGGAAUCGCAGCAUGGUGGAGGCGGAAGGGAAGCCAGGGGUCAUCUAGUCGGAACACACAGGCGGGAGUUGCGGCUGAAGCGUCCCUGACAGGCGGCCGCCCACUUUUGCUUCUGCAGGGAGGAGAAGGAGCGUUGGAUCCGGGCCAAGUACGAGCAGAAGCUCUUCCUGGCCCCUCUGCCCCACUCGGACGUGCCCCUGGGGCAGCAGCUGCUGCGGGCCGUGGUGGAGGACGACCUGCGGGCCGUGGUCACUCUGCUGGCGCACGGCACCAAGGAGGAGGUGAACGAGACCUACGGGGACGGAGACGGCCGGACCGCCCUGCACCUCUCCAGCGCCAUGGCCAACGUGGUCUUCACGCAGCUCCUCAUCUGGGUAACAGAGGGCCUUCCAAGGGGGUGGGGGGAGCGGAGGAGGCCGGGCAGGGGGCUGGCAGGAGAGGACCGCCCAGCUGCCCCCUCCCUGACCGGGCGUCCUUCCCACUGUUUUUCCUCUGCCCGCAGUACGGGGUGGACGUCAAGAGCCGCGACGCCCGAGGCCUCACCCCCAUGGCCUACGCCCGCCGGGCCGGCAGCCAAGAAUGUGUGGACAUCCUGCUCCAGCACGGGUGCCCCAGCGACGCCGCCAUGAGCUCCCUCACGCCCAGCCUGCCCCGCAGGAACGUCAACAACAACGCCUCCCCUUCCGGGGCUCUCUCCCCCGAGCCCCCGUCCCCCACGGCCCACUGAGCCCCCCUGGCAGCGCUGCGGGGGCCGGUCCUGGCAGUAGACGGGCGUGGGGCAAAGGCACCGGCCCUGGGCACCCGAGGGGCCUCUCCUUGCCAUCCUGGUGGCCAGGCAUCCUCCGCGUGGGCAACCCUCCUUCCCACCCCCCAGGAAAAAGGGAACACGGGACCCCAGAGGCCCCAGAGCAAAGGGAACCCCCUUCCCCCUGGCUGCACUUGUGGUGUGUCAGUACUAUAGAGCCCCCCCCUUGCCUUCCCCGCGUCCACUGCUGCAGCCUUUCCGGGACAGACCUGGGGUGGCCCCCCACUUUGGAUGGUGCUCCCCCUUCUCCAGCCUCCCACCUGUCUCAGCCACUUGUGUAUAAAAUGUACAUUGGAAAUAUUUAUAUGACGGCCUGUAAAUAAGGUUUCUUUGCCGUUUGUGUGUGUGAGCUAGAGAGAGAGAGAGAGCGAGGAAGACCUGCCGCAGCAACCGAGCAGCUACCCAAUAAAAGAACUGCCCCACCUCACCCACCAACUGCCCCACACAGUGUGG